UCCGGCCACACCUGUCGCAUUACGCUUUCUCGGUAAAGUAACUGUUUUCAAAUCGACUGGCCUGUCUCUCAUUUACAUCAAGCCCUUUUUAUCCCAGUGUAACGGGGACUUAAUGCAGGUGUACUGUAAUUUGGUCCCAUAUAAAGGCCCUUUUACACGGCUGGUGUAAGUGAGAAUCAGGUCCUUUGACAACGUAACUUGAUUAGAGGAUUUCGAUUGCCGCGAUGCUGGGGAAGAUGGCGGCAGCUGUUCAAACCUUUGCAUGCCUCGUGGUGCUCAGCAGCUUACAAGCUUACGAGGACAAAGAGGUGCCACGCAGUCAGGUGAAUGGGACUGUCGGUGGCACGGUGUAUCUAAACCCCAAACUGUCAGUCCCAAAGCAAUACAAGCAGAUCACCUGGCGGUUUAACACCACCCAAAAGAUCCUGAUUAAAAAAUGGGGUCAGUCAGAGUCUUACCCCAGUGACUAUUUUCGUAAUAAACUGCAUUACCACGAGAAUCACAUGCUGGAAAUUAACCAGCUGGAGAAGAAAGACAGCAGCACCUACCGGAUGGAAGUGGAAGACAACCAAAGCCAGGAGACAAAUGAAUUAUUCCGACUGGACGUGUACGAGCCCGUCCCUAAGCCCAGUGUGAAGGUCACUAUCAGGGUCAACAAAGAUGGAUGGUGCAAUGUCACCCUGGUGUGCAUUGUGGAUGCCACCCAAGUGACCUACCGCUGGUGCAAGAAUGAAAAGGAUUUAGUGGGCAAAAAUAGCAGCACACUGGACCAGGGCCAGCUCUAGGCACCAGCGUUCCAAGCAUGUGCUUGGGGCGGCACUUUUCAAGGGGCGGCACCCCGGCCCUUUGGGGGCG